UCCAGCCGUUUUCCAAUACUCGACUUUGCAGCUUCAACUUUUUUUUUACUACUUGACUUUGAAGUUGUAAGCGCAAUAGUAAGUCUGAUAGUGUCACAAAAAUCAAGUAAGAUGCAGAAGAGCUAAAUAUUAUAGUAUUUUAAUUCAAUUUAAUUUAAACACUUCCGGCCCACAAUCAGAUUUAUUUCAGAGACGAACCUGAGACAGAGACAAAGUUGAGUGUUGGAAAACGGCCAUAGUGGGAACCAAAAUGGCGCGGCGAAUCGUACCCGUACCCUUGGGAACGAGGCUGAUGCACGGGGGAGAUGUGAAGAAUUAACGCACGUAAACGCGAAAGCGCGAGAACUGUGUGCGAAGUUGUAACACGUACUGAUCGGUUGGAAUUUUCCUAUAUUUAGCUGAUUUUUGAUCAACAAUGUCCGCCAGAUUUACGGUGUCAAAAGCGCCGGAUGACAUAGAACUCGAUGGUGCAGGAAAUACUCCGAAAGUGGAGGUAGUCGGUGGCAAUGAACCACCCGAAGACCAUUCAUCAAAAAAGUAUGCUCGUUUGGUUGAUGGCCGGAACGAUUAUUAUGGCAGUGUGAACAGUAACUGGAGCGAUGGCAGUAAAGCAGAAUUGUCACCGUUUAUGGACCAGGAGAGAGGACUCAAAGACUUGGCCCUUUAUGAGGAAGAGAUUGAGCACAGGCCCAAGAUUGCCUCCCUCCUCAACACCUUGGCCAACUACAAGUCCCUACCGGAGCACACUGAGAUGCCAGGAGACCGAAAGUCUGACAGGCCCACCGUGAAAGGAGCCCAGAUGGGUACCCUAAUGGGUGUCUACCUACCCUGCCUUCAGAACAUCUUGGGGGUCAUUCUCUUCAUUCGUCUGUCCUGGAUCGUGGGUACUGCUGGUGCCCUGGAGAGUUUCUUCAUUGUUCUCAUAUCCUGCUGCACCACCUUGCUGACCGCCAUCUCAAUGAGCGCCAUCGCAACCAACGGGGUGGUGCCAGCGGGCGGCGCCUACUUCAUGAUCUCCAGGGCACUGGGGCCGGAGUGGGGCGGGGCCGUGGGCAUCCUGUUCUACCUUGGGACCACGUUUGCCUCGGCCAUGUACAUCCUGGGUGCUAUCGAGAUCCUCAUCGUGUACAUCGCCCCCGUCCUGUCGCUCUUCGGUGACAUCUCGGAGCUGGGCGCCAGCCAGAGCUCGGCCAUGCUGAACAACAUGCGGGUGUACGGCACCGGCAUCCUGUUAGUCUUGUCCCUGCUGGUGUUCGUGGGCGUCAAGUACGUCAACAAGUGUGCGCUCCUCUUUCUGUUCUGUGUGCUUCUGACCAUUCUCAGCAUGUAUGUCGGGUACUUCACCCCCCAUAACCUCGUGUUUUGUGACAUGAACAACAACAUAGCCCUCCAGUUUGAUAGCAGUAACGAGAGCAACUGUGCCUUCUUUGAAAAUGGCACUCUGACAGAUCUUGGUGAGAUGUACUGUCCGAACGAAACAGAGGUCUGCCACAUCUUCUUCAAGGAGAACAGCGUCCAAUGGCAGAACGGGAUCCCAGGGCUAGGAACGGGACAGAUAACACGUAACACCUUUAAUCUGUACCGUGAGGCGGGGGAUGUUCUGCCCAGAGAGAAGGGUACCAACAACCAGGUGGUAGCCGACAUCACCACAAACUUCUACAUUCUCCUUGCUAUCUUUUUCCCAUCUGUCACUGGCAUCAUGGCUGGCAGCAACAGGUCUGGUGACCUGAAGGAUGCCCAGUUCUCAAUACCAAGGGGAACCAUAGGUGCCAUACUGACAACUAGCAUCAUCUAUUUGACUUCCGUCCUGUUCUUUGCCGGAACUGUUAGAGGGGAGGUUCUCAGAGACAAAUUCGGUGAGAGUGUGGGCGGGGUUUUGGUGGCAUCAGCCAUCUGCUUCCCCACCAAGUGGGUGGUGCUGAUCGGGGCCUUCCUCUCCACAGUGGGAGCAGGCCUCCAGAGUCUGACAGGAGCCCCCCGCCUCCUGCAGGCCAUCGCCAAAGACAACAUCAUCCCGUUCCUGGCCAUCUUCGGCCGGGGGUCCAAGACUGGGGAGCCCACCUGGGCCCUGCUGCUGACCGCCGCCAUCUCGGAGAUCGGGAUCAUCAUCGCUAGCUUGGACAGCGUGGCGCCAAUCAUCACCAUGUUUUUCUUGAUGUGCUAUAUGUUCGUGAAUCUAGCUUGUGCGCUUCAGACGCUGCUGAAGACGCCGAAUUGGAGACCAAGAUACACGUAUUACCAUUGGAGCUUGUCCUUCUUGGGGGUGAUCCUGUGUCUCGGCCUCAUGUUCAUCUCCAGCUGGUACUACGCACUGGCCGCCAUUCUGUUGGCAUUCGUCAUCUACAAGUACAUCGAGUACCAGGGGGCCGAGAAAGAAUGGGGAGAUGGGUUGACCGGUCUGAACCUAACAGCGGCUAGGUACAGCUUGAUGAGACUAGAGGACCGGCCACCGCACACCAAGAACUGGAGACCGCAGAUUCUGGUCCUGUGCAAGCUGAACAACGAGCUGAAGCCCAAGUACAGACGAAUUCUGACCUUUGCUAGCCAACUGAAAGCAGGGCGUGGGUUGACGCUGGUUUCGUCCAUUCUUGAAGGAGACUUCUUGAGCAGAUAUAGUGAAAGUCAGGCUGCUGAACAGGAGCUGCGCAACAUGAUGAAUGAAGAAAAAGUGAAAGGUUUCUCAUCCGUUCUCGUAGCCAAAGAUGUCACGGAGGGACUCAGUGCAUGUGUGCAGUUGAGCGGUUUGGGCGGCCUGAAACACAACACGGUGGUGGUAGGAUGGCCAUAUGGAUGGCGGCAGUCAAUAGAUGAUAAAGCCUGGAAAGUCUUCCUCGAUAUGGUGCGUGCUGUCUCAGCAAGCCACAAUGCACUGCUUGUACCAAAGAACAUCAAUAACUUCCCCAGCAACAAGGAUAAGUUUGAGAGUGGCACCAUCGAUGUAUGGUGGAUUGUCCAUGACGGAGGGAUGCUGGUUCUUCUACCCUUUUUGCUCCGACAGCACAAAGUCUGGAAAAACUGCAAACUCCGGAUCUUCACUGUUGCACAGUUGGAGGACAACAGUGAGAAGAUGAUCAAAGAUCUCCAGACGUUCCUCUACCAUCUCAGAAUUGAGGCUGAAGUGGAAGUCGUGGAGAUGCCAACGGGAACCAUCGCGGCCUACACCUUUGAGAGGACGAUGAUGAUGGAGCAACGGUCGGAGCUGCUGCGACAAAUGAAGCUCACGAAGAAGGAGAGCCGCAUGGUGCCCCAGACGUUCAUGGACGAGUCGCACAUCAGUGUCAGGGUCAAGAAGAGCAAUUCGGACAAGAAGGUAACGUUCUCAACGGAGGAGCCCUCGUCCUCCCCCUUCGACUCGCCAGGGAUUCUUGAUGAGGACGAGGGAGAAGAUCUCAUCUAUGAGGCCCCCAGCGAGGACAGCGUGGGUGAGAACAAGGACUCAGCCGAGGCACCGCAGACACCCAAGGACACGGAGCAGGUCAAGUUGGAUUUCCAGAGACAGCCGUCUCAGAGCAAUGUAGAGCGAAUGAACAACGCAGUGCGGUUGAAUGAAGUCAUCGUCGAUCGAUCCCACAAGGCCAACCUGGUCAUUCUCAACCUGCCGGGACCACCCAAGAAGAAGUACCGGGAACACUACUACAUGGAGUACCUUGAGGUGCUGACGGAGGGCCUAGAGAGAGUCUUAAUGGUACGAGGAGGAGGCAGGGAAGUCAUCACCAUCUACUCAUAGAUAGACAGACAUCCCCAUUGAUUGAUCAACAAACAGCUCAUCCCCGAUUGCCAUCUGACCUCUCCUUUCCUCCAUAAACAGACACUUCACAUCUAAAAGUUUAGGGUCAAUUUGGAUCGUCAAGUAAGUUACAUCAUCUGUGAUUUUGCAAAUCCCUGGAAAAUGAGGUCGAUUUUUAUCAGAAAUGAUAUUGAUAGAGACGCCAGAAUUUAAAACCUUGGAAUGAAAGAGGGAGAUUGGGUGGGUGGAGCUGAAGGGAUUUCUUUUGAGGAGUAAUGUAACCCUUAAAAUCCCAUGCCGAUCCAUACAUGAUCUCCUUUGAUUUUGGGGAGGGCAUAUUGCGAAAGUUGCAUUUCAGAGGGAAUAGAGCUGUGAAAAAAACAAGUAGAUGGGAAUGUAGAUGUUCCUGACAAUGGUCACUUUUUUUGAGAGAGAGACACAAAACAACUGUAUAUUCAAGCUUGUAGAAAUUAUUCCAUGCUCUGCAUGUUGUGCAUUUAUGGAAAGCCUCAGCCAGCUUGAGCCAAUUUUUAAAAGUUGACACCUGUCUCUGCAGUCGUAAAAUUUAUUUUUGUAGAGUUUCAAAGUGGACAAAGAAAUGUGCAUGUCACAGGUACAAAAAAUUUAUCCUGAAGAUAUUAAGUUUGCACAGCAGGGAUAAAUGUCGACAGUAGAAGUAAGGAACUGUGUGACACCUAAGGUGAUCAAUGAAGACAAAAAUGCAGCUACCUCAGCAGAGCAAAUCCACUUAAAUUGAGGCCAUUCUUCCAUUAACGGUUCUGUGGUGUUUGGAGUUUUAAUGGAGUCUGCGUUGUAGGCAGUACGUUAGUGGUGGUAGAUUGUGUUGUAGGUGAUGGUUUGAGUUGGUACCCAGUGAAAUUGGUCCACACCUUGUCACAUCAGAGCAAAACUAGACAGAUCCGUAGUCCAGAUUUUCUAGGAAUUAACUUUGUGCCAAAUCACUUUUGUACGGAUGUAAUGUCCAUCGCGAUGAGUGACUAGCCACCAGAUUAGUUGGAAGGGUAUUCUGAACCCAGUUUGUCAUGAACAUGUGGAAUCUGUUGUGGCAGUUUGGAAGAUUAAAGCUGAGAUUUGGCGGAAUCAGGGCCUUGGUUUGUUGAUGGUUUUGUUAAAUGUAUUUUGAAAAUCAGCAUUUAGACUUGAUGUAUAAACUAAAGCAGUUGUAUUGUGCACAUGUAGGAAAUUGAAUUGUCAGUUGAUUGACUUAGUAGAUCAAGGCUAAACCUGGGUACUAAAUUUCUAAACCAAUGCUUCGAUGUUAUUAGACCAAGUGCAGUUUUAGAUUCGGCUUGUUUAAUAUGGUUUACUCUGGCCAAAUACCAACUUCCGUGGGAGUUAACUUAAGUGUAAACGUGAUGUAGUUGAUAAACUAGGUUUUAAUAGUGUUGAUUUAGUGAUGUGACUUCUCAAAGCAGUUUAAAGUCCAUUCCAGUUGUGUAAUUAUGUAUCUUAGUCUACUUAAGAUAAACAAGGUGCUAUCAUUGAGUUUUUGCUACGACAGCUGCCAUUUUUUGUACAGCACCUUCAUGUUUGAUAAACAGACAAAAAUGCUUCAUAAUAAAAUUGAAAUCAGACGAAUAUUUUUGGAAGGCAUUGUCCAAGAACUCGUAGCAUGUGCCUUUUGGUCUGUUUGCACAGAAGUCUUCCAUUUGUCAUCAGUGUUUGACUCUUCCCUCAGUUUAUAAAAGUCCACUUCUUUAGGGAGGAGGUUGGAAGAUGAAAUGUAAGUAUACACCUGUGGAGUGAACCAUAGUUGGAUGACAGACAACUCUGUGGUAUGUAAGGUACUUGUGCAAAUCUUCCUCAGUGUCAGUUUAAAGUGGAAAUGAUAUUUUUAUCAAAUGGCUAAUGUUACUGGUUAGAUACCGAAUGGACGUAUUCCAUGGACACGAAGAUGCUGUGUUGUGAGCCACAAAUGUUGAAUCGUGUUCCUUUUUCAAUGGGGCGCACAAUUUCAUAUGCCGUUAAUGAGUGCUACACAUGGUUUAUUCUUGAGUUAAGUUUAUUCUGUCCUACUGAUUGCUCUGUUCAAGUCCAUGCAUUUCUAAUCCGACAAAGUGACUAAAUAAGCUGAAAAAAAGAAGAAUUUCUUUUCCCUGCAAAGCCGAAACCUGGAUGAAACCCCACCAUUGUUGUGGAUUGACUGAGUCCCUGCAGAGCGUUGACGAGCAUAUUUAUCACCAACCUGAGCACGCAUUUGCUGCAAAACUAUUCUUGAUCACUGACAAUGCAUAGAUGGCAUAUUUUUAAAAUGUAUGUAAACAUUUGUACAUAUAGGCCUCUGUUGAAUAUACAAAGAAAACUUGUUAAAAGAAAGAAAGAAGUAAAGAUGUCAUAGAUCACCAUGGUGGGCAUUGGCUGGAAAAAAGGUGAAGUUAUUAACAAUCUGCCGCAUUUGAGUUCAUGAUGACGUAUUUUGUUAAGACCCACUGAUGGUGCAUGGAAGGGGUUCAGUGUCCGGUGUCAGUUCCCAAAGAUUUGUGAGUUAAUAGUGGCAGUUUAUAACCCCGAAAACCUUGUUCCUCUCUUCACUUUGUUUUGUAGUAUUGGCUUUUAGCUUUUUACGGUGUGGGUUUUUUGGGCGGGGAGGGGUUGAGUGUUGUAACUAGCAGUCCUGGGUUUUCAGUUCGGCUGGCAGCAUUUACUGUGGGGACUAGUUAGUGUUGAAAAGAUUUGUGACCGGGUAAAACAGAAAGGUGGCAAGAAAGUUGAUUGGUCCAAGGUGUUUGCUUUUUUUAAGAAUAGGAAGUGUAUCAACUCGCUGUCGUAAACUGGUUUUUUUCUUCAGUUGAUCCGAAGUGGUCAUUUUCUGGACAGGUUACAGAAUUCGGGAAAUGUCAAGUGAAGUUUGUUAUCCAUCUCUGAACCGUAAAAUCAAGUUUAACCAAAGGAAACCAAAAUAAUAAUAUUAAUAAUAAUACAGUGCAUGGCUUUGUUAAUAAGUCUUCUUUAUACAUGAGCAUGCAUGUGCCCUAAAGAGUAAUUCUUCAAAUGUUUAAAUUCCAUCGACUGUCACUGUUGUGGAGAAAAUUUGUCAUUGAAGUUACAUGAUUACAUCGAUUUAAUCCAAAUGUAUGUAGUAAUGGACCAUAGCCAAAGCGUCAACACGACUAAUACAGCGGUAAGGCUGACCUGUUCAUUUAACCAAUAUUCUUGGCAUAAUCUCUUUUAUGGCUUCUUUUUUACCCGAGUGUACAGAGUUGUGCUUUAGCAAAUUAUAUUUAUUGACAAAUUAGUUAUUUUAUGUCAUUGUAUAAUUGGUGCAGAAUGUGUAAUAUCGAUAGUAAUCAAUUUAAUACAGAUGCUAAUGAGUUCUAUUUUUUGUUUGUGUAAUUUUUUUUUUCAAAAUUAGUUACGUACGCGUUGCUGGAGUUUUUCUCUGUGUGGUUACAGGUGUGACUUUUUUCGAAGGUCAGAAUAUUUUUCCUCCCUGCCUAACAUUUGCAUGGCUGGCUGUUUGAACUACAUGUACCCAUUUUAAUUUAACUGAUGGAUUUUUUUUUCAUGUUCCUGUCGAUAUCUUCAGCAAACUGGUUUCGUCCUCUAGAUACAUGUAUGUUUUGUAUGUUCUUCUGAAGUUGAUUUGGUCUUGUACAAAGGAAGGGGUGACUUCUUAGAGAUAGGCUUCGCUCUGUGUAACUUGUUUUGAUUUAGUUUUAUUUUUCAUUAAACAUUGACUGAGCUAAUAUAUUCGUUAUCUUUAAAUCUACUUGAUUACAUAUAAACAGAAAUUAUUUUUGCUGAAUGCAUGUGUUAGCUGGCAGAUGCUUUAUAGUUUGUCCACCGAUGCAGGUUAUGUCUCUCAAUUUUGAAGUUAUUUUUUUAAUCAAUAAGUGUGUUUUAAUGCAAUUAAAAUGUUAAAUGCAAUGUCAAUCUUCAUGAUACUCAAAAUAUAGUCAUGUUUUGUAACAUCACCAGCUAUGCAGUUUUGAAAAGGUAUUCUUUCCGUAGGUUUGAGUUCAGAUUGUAGAGCGCUUCGGGUUUUUUCCUGUUCUCUACUGACUACAUGUAAUCGUUAUCGCCAUUUACGUGGGCAGUCUUUUAGAUUUGGUAUUGCAUAAGCUGUUUGUUUAAAGGUUAGUAUUUUGGAAGCUGUGAAUGGUUAAAAACGUCGGAUGAUUCUGUUUUAGAUAAAGUGCUCAGGUGUUUGGGACAAUCAAAGUAAGUACAUGCAGACUGUGUGUUUUAUGGGUUUGUUUUUUAAAUCUCAGCUCUCAAACAUGGUGUACCAUACAAAAAAAUGUUUUCUUAUAAUCAGAGCAGUAUUUUUUCCGAUUAUGUUCGAAAACAUUAGUAUGUGCCAAUUUUAAAGAGCAACUCUAAGGAAAACACGUUUUCUCUGAAUUUAUCUGUUCAAAUAAAUAGGGAAGCAU